CGAUCCUUCAGGUGUACAAUCAAAUAUUGAUUUGCACCGAAAAAGGCAAAAUGCCUAAACAGAUAAAAGAGAUCAAGGAUUUCUUACUAACAGCAAGACGAAAGGAUGCUAAUUCUGUUAAAAUAAAGAAGAACAGAUAUAAUGUUAAAUUCAAGGUUCGAUGUAGUCGUUAUCUCUAUACACUGGUUAUUCAAGACCGAGAAAAGGCUGAUAAAUUACGUCAAUCUUUACCCCCAGGUUUAGCAGUAAAAGAAUUAAAGACAAAAGAAAAACCUCAAAGCAGCAAAAAAGAUUAAAUAAAAAAAAAUGUAAAUUAU